AUGGAUUCCUCGCUGCAUGAGGUCUGGCAAGCUGCUGCUACCAGUCCCUUCUUUCCUGCCGUGAACAAGGGAAGCCAGUUCUGGGUCGCCUUUCUGCUGCUUCUGCUCGGAUUCGCUCUCACUGGUGUUUUCGCUCUGAACCGAUCACUUCUCAACGUCCCUGUUCUGGGCAUUCCAGCUUCUCUCGCCAUCGCAUUCGGAGUUGUCUACAUGUUCUGUGCUGUCGGAGUCUACGUCUGA